AUGGAUGAGCUUCUAUCAUCUCUAAUUAAAUUUCGAGUAAAUGAAGAGUUAAAAAACAGUAGUAAUAUUAGUGAUAGAUUAUUAUAUAUAGUUUGGAAUAAUAUAUUUUUAAGAAAUGAAAUUCAUAAACAUAUUUUAAAGUUUAUUGAACAUAGUGUUGUAGAAAUUAAUAGAGCAAGUUAUUACAAGUUUAAAGAUAAAUCAUAUAUAACAACCCUUAAGUGGCUUAGUUAUUUACUUCCAGGUAAAAAUGAAUUUCCACCAUUUUUGACAAAUUUAUAUUUGAUCCAUUUAAAUAUGCCACUAACAAAUUUACCAAAUACAAUUACAACUAUCAUUUUCGGUUGUGAUUUUAACCAAGUAAUUCAACCCGGCACAUUACCAAAUAGCCUCACAACACUCACAUUCGAUAUUAGUUUUAACAAAGUAAUUCUACCCGACACAUUACCAAAUAGCCUCACAACACUCACAUUCGGUCAUUAUUUUAACCAAAAAAUUCCACCUGACACAUUGCCAAAUAGCCUCACAACACUCACAUUUGGUGACUUUUUUAACCAAGUAGUUCCACCCGGCACAUUACCAAAUAGCCUCACAACACUCACACUCGGUAAUAACUUUAACCAAGUAGUUCUACCCGGCACAUUACCAAAUAGUCUCACAACACUCACAUUUGGUGAUUGUUUUAACCAAGUAGUUCCACCCGGCACAUUACCAAAUAGUCUCACAACACUCAAAUUCGGUUAUUAUUUUAACCAAGUAGUUCCACCCGACACAUUACCAAAUAGUCUCACAACACUCACAUUUAGUCAUUAUUUUAACCAAGUAGUUCCCCCCGGCACAUUACCAAAUAGUCUCACAACACUCACAUUUGGUCAUUAUUUUGAUCAAGUAGUUCCACCCGGCACAUUACCAAAUAGCCUCACAACACUCACAUUCGGUGAAAACUUUAACCAAGUAAUUCUACCAGGCACAUUACCAAAUAGUCUCACAACACUCACACUUGGUGAUUUUUUUAACCAAAAAAUUCCACCCGGCACAUUACCAAAUAGUCUCACAACACUCACAUUUGGUCAUUAUUUUGACCAAGUAGUUCCACCCGGCACAUUACCAAAUAGCCUCACAACACUCACAUUUGGUAAUAACUUUAACCAAGUAGUUCCACCCGGCACAUUACCAAAUAGUCUCACAACACUCAAAUUCGGUCGUAGUUUUAAACAAGUAGUUCCACCCGGCACAUUACCAAAUAUAAGAUAA